AUGGAAGACAACGAUAACGCGACGGCGCUGAAGCAUGUCAGCCCUGAAAUCAUUGUCGGGGUGGCCAAGAUGCUUGGUAUAGAUGCCGUGAACGAACCAGAAUACCUGUGGAUUGCAGAGCAGUGUGCGAAGGCGGAGUUGCCAUCAAAGGGUAGCAUAAACAUAUGUGAUUCCUGCUUGAUCAUGUCGCUCGUCUGCCGUAGCUAUAAUCAAUCUCAUUGGAGGAGGUACGACUAGUUUGCGACUUGCGGGAUGUCAUCUUCUACUCGCAACUUCAUUUGUUUUUUUCAAUGAACUGACUUUUCAAGAAUUUUGUUUAUUCUUUUUUACGUAAUUUUGUUUCCUAGAUAGACGUGCUCCACCGGUUUUAUUCUUGCAUCCCUUGUUUCUUCCUACAGAUUGGCGGGAGCUAACGAACGAAAAUGGAGAAACCAUGUACUAUCAUGUGCGAACAAAGCGACUACAGAAGCUCCACCCGCUACUCGAACAAUAUGCCGGAUUGUACUGCUGUUACUAGGAGCGAAUCUUGAUUAGGCUUACUCGAAAGCUUACGAUAAGCAAGUAUAUUCAAGAAUACUGCUAAGUGAAUAGCCCCCUUAGGUAACUUUACUCGGUUAUUUCAGUUUUUCGAAUAACCCGCUUUCUUCCAUUACAAUCACAGAUAUAGAAGAUGCUUGACAGGAAACUACAUCUCCACAGGUGGGUAAGUGUGUUGUGCACUGUAAUUAAAUUUCUUCGACACCCUCUUUGUGCGGCUCAGGUACCACAAGCAGGCAUCAUUCGUUAAGAUGUCGGGAACAUCACAGCAGGCAGACCUGGAUAGCAACAGCACACGGCUAAGUGGCAUUAUCACGGAAAUUCUCAAUCGAGUGACGAGUCAUUUGCCACCUAUGACACCAGAGAUGGUGGAUAAAGUCGCCUUACUUCUAGAAUGCGACACAAAAACCGAAUAUUUCCUGGCAAGGGUACUUUUAAGUCCUUCAAAUCGGAAAUUUUCGAUAGUUGUUCUAAGUAGAGUGGUUGGACUCCAUAGGAGGUACUACGUAACUGAAUGGCCCCAUACAAAGACUUGCAUUGCUUUAAAAGAGGCACCAUGACAUGACAUAUUUAUCUUAGAAUAUAACUACCUCCAUUACCAUCUAGAGGAACGUUACCGAAUUGAGAUGAAGCAUCCUUGUUUCCUAUACUCUCAGGUAAUAAAGCAGACAAUAGAGGCUUAUGUGGAGAAGCAGUUUAACUUGGGCACAAUUCUGCAGGAUCUUGAGAAGCCACUUGAGUUUUUGAGGAAAAUGAGGAAACAACAGGUGAAAGUGGACGUCAUCCGAAAGCCAGACACAGUGGUACAUUUAAUUUUUCAUUUCCCUACCACUUAUCGACGGUGUCUUGAACUCGUUGUUUUCAGCUUCAUUUAACAGUACCUGCACCUUGGUACCUAGCUUUCCUACCACACACGGACACUCAAACUAAUUGUCCGCCGCACAGGUUAUGUGUCAAGAGUGCGAGGAGAAGUCUGCCGUAGUCAAAUGUCAGCAGUGUAAGGAUUUCUUUUGCCAGGACUGCUUCAACGCUACACAUGCAACGGGUAAGCGACGCGGCCACAUUAUCCAAGACGUGGAACAGCUUGUGUGCGCAGCCUGCGAUCACCUGAUUGCGACAUGUCAAUGUACUUUCAUGAUAUGGAUUGACAUUAACCAUCUGAAUUCUCUUGAACAAUUAUAGCUCGAAAUCUUAUUCUGAUAUUUUCAGUUUAGCUAACGGGCAGUUCACUUGGCCCACUUAGAUAAAGAAACGAAUUUACCAAGAACAUCUACCAGCAACACGGAGAAGAGCCUGACCACCUUUUGUUUCAGGUAUCCAAUGCGGUCUCUUCUAUUGCGAUCAGUGUUUCGUCUCAACACACGCAUCAAGACCGGAGUUGCACAAUCACUUGAAGCGAAUUAUCAAUGGUCUUGUGUGCCUGGAGUGCGAGCACUACAACGCUAGUGUAAUUUUUCUUUUCCUUCGUUAGAUCGAUCUGACAAGUUAUAGAAGUGAAUUGGCCUUGGGCUACAUGAAUCAUAAUUUGCUUCCGCACGAAUUUCUUGUGCAGGGACAUAAUGUUUCGUGCUGAAAAAUAAUUUUCGGAAUACAGUUUUCCCUCGAGAUCAAGUAAGAUGUUUCUUCUGACCUAACUGUCAGGUUCUGUGCGAGGACUGUGUGGACUUAUUCUGCACAGAGUGUUUCAUCAAGCUGCAUCGAAAAGGAAAACGAAGGCAGCAUGUGCAUCUGACAAUCGACAACACGGGCCAAGUAUUUCGCGGAGGUUUUUUAGUUCCUCCAGAGGAAGCACAGGUGCUCACAGACAGAGCUAGAAGUACGGCCGAAAGCGGACCCUUCGUCGCAUUCAAAGACGACAACCUAAAUACGUACUGGUACCAAGAAUUUUACUAUGGAUAAACCAUGUCGUAAUGCGAAGCACGCUAUUUUUCCUACCUUGUAAAGCAUUUUCUUUGAUUCGUGAUGAGCGAUGUCUUUAUCAUCAACAGUGGCUCAUAUUCGAUACAAAGGAAAUCAUAAAGUUUUGGUGUCUACUGUUGGACUUUAUUGCUACUGCUUAAUCAGGUACAACUUCUCGUCGAAAACGCGAACAAUGAACAACCCAUACGAGAAGGAUCCCGAUGCAGGGAUCGCCGGGAUAGAAGAUGCAUAG